UGAGAUGGUUGUGAGCUGGGAAGUUUAAUUUGAGCGGCGUUGUACGAACCGACGUAAGGUUAUCGGCCAGUGUGGGCACGCACUGCGUGUAUCAUCUGUCACUACGCGCCUUACCUUUGUUAUGCCGUUUGCAAAACCUGCUUUUCCUCACAUCAAAGAAGUUACCUUAAACAUCUAGGAAUGUCCGAGGUCAAGGAUGAGAAGGUAAAGUGCGAGCCUACGUCAACAACGAUGGGCGCGAAGGACUCUCUGCGGCUCCUAUGGACUCGGAUGAAGAAGAAGAAGAUAAUCUCGGAGCACGAUCACAGCACGGAGUUGAAGCGAUGUCUCACCACCACCCACCUGACCUUCAUGGGCGUGGGCUGCACGGUGGGGGUGGGCAUAUAUGUACUCGUGGGCGUGGCAGCAAAGGAAUAUGCAGGACCUGGUGUGCUACUGUCCUUCCUCAUGGCCGGCAUAGUAACUGUCAUAAACGCCAUUUGCUUCGCGGAGUUCGGCGCAAGGAUACCCAAGACUGGCGCCACUUACACCUACGUGUAUGAGAGUGCAUGUGAACUGCUCGCCUUCCUUGUCGGCUGGAUAACUCUCGUGGGUUUUCUCACAAGUGGCGCCAUUGCAGCUAGAGCCUGGAGCGGCUAUCUCGACUCGCUCUUCAACAACUACAUCCACGAAACCACAGACCACUACCUUGGCAAGGUCACACUCGGGCCGCCAUUUAGCGAAAAUCUGGACUUCCUGGCAUGCGCAUACGAGAUUGUGGUCAUAAUAAUUAUCUCCCUUGGUGUCCAAGCUUCCGCGUUCAUCAGCACAGUGUUGGCGUGUGUGUCAGUAUGUGUGCUGCUGUUUGUCACCGUUAUGGGGUUGGUUGUAGGCGACUACAGCAACAUCAGCAACAGUGAACAUGGAGGAUUCUUGCCGUUUGGCAUCGGUGGUGUGAUGGCAGGGACUGCAGCAUGUUUCUACGCAUUUCAGGGAUUCGACAUUAUUUGCAUGUCAGCUGAAGAGUGCAAGACUCCGGGGAAAUCCAUCCCAAGAGCAAUAUUCUCAGAAUUACUUAUCGUAACACUGCUAUACGUAGGAUCGUCCUGCGGCCUCAUCCUCCUUGUGCCCUACUCACAAAUUGACACCCGGGCUCCACUUCCGUCCGCAUUCGCCUACAAGCACCUCGAGUGGGCGAAAUACGUCGUCAGCAUAGGCCCGACUCUAGGCAUCAGUAAUCUAAAUAUCUUGAACUUAUAUAACCUAUCAAGACAUGUAUACUGCAUGUCCAGUGACGGACUGUUCUUGAAGGCCUUCCUCAGUGUGAACAGGACUACCAAGGUUCCAGUCAGGGCAGCCGUGGUCAUGGGCCUCCUUGUGUCUGUAUUUGCCCUUCUCUUCGACAUUUCGAACCUCGUCAGCUUUAACGUUAUAUCUAUAUUUCUAAGUUUUGUUAUAUCAAACGGUAUUCUGUUACUCAGUAGACGCGAGGAACCGAGUUCAAGUUCAGGAAAUGAAGAGAAUGGAAAUGUUAAAAUGGACGAACGCUCCCUUCUGUCCAGUGAUGGACCACGAAGGGAACCUCGAUCAGGUUUCAGAGGUUUGGCGGACAGGAUAGGAUUGCAGAAUUUGGUGUAUCUUGUAGUGUUCACGUCUAUGGGUCUAGGAUUACAGCUUGUUGGAGGUAUUGACGAUCUCCUGAACAGGAACGUGUUGGCGUUUGUGUGUCUAGGACUUCUUCUAGGGUUACUGGUUUUCCUAUCGGUGCUGAUGGCGACACAAACAGGGUCGGCGAAACACAACGGCUUCAGCAUGCCGCUGGUGCCGUAUCUUCCAAUACUCUCCAUCGUCAUCAACGUCGUGCUGUUGGUAGCGGCGGCUGACGUCACGGGGGUCGUUGGGUACACCAUCCUUGUUACUCUUGGUUUUGGAAUAUAUGUCGCGUUAGUUCUGUUCCCAAAGACAUCGAGCGACCAGAACUUCCCCUCCGGCAUCGUUGAAGGUAAGCGAGAGGAGGAGACGUCGUUGAUGACCGCUCAGGACGACGACUACGACGACUACGACUAAUGUAACUGCUUGUCAUCGGGGUAUUGGAUCUGGACUGGCAGAAAGCCGCGGGAACAUAUCAUGUGACUGAUUCUCCCGGGGGAAUAUUCAGUCUGGAGGGAAUGGUGCUAAAGUUAUUGUCGUCAUCAUGCGUUGCCAAGGAGCGUGAUCUGUGCAAGGCUGUUGUGUGUUUGUUUGUUGUUUAACGCCAUGCUCAGCAUUAUUCCAGCUAUACAAUGGCGGCCUGUGAAUAUUCGAAUCUGAACCACUAAAGCGCUCGGGACAGUGGGACUAUAUCAAAUUUUAAAACACGGCAUUAUUAUCUCCAAAAUGAUAUUAUGAACAACGUUCCACGCCGUCGAGGUAGAUGACACGAAAUCAACCAAGUCACUGACCUUUUCUAACUCGAAUCUCAAGCGAUGCUACCCUCUCUUCAGAAAAAGGGGCUAAAGAGGACUGGUUAGCUCGGAGUCCAAGCGUCACCCGAGCACCCGUUAUGCCUAGUGGGGACGAGACCUUGAAGGACAUGCUGUGUCUCGGCUAUGAACAGAGUUAUCCACUAAUAUCUUCCCGUCCUGUUCACCCUUGCGGUCAUCAUUGUCAAUUUAUCAGAAUGUCUCGUCACAAUAAUGCUGUCGAUGUGACAUACACUUUUAACUUGCCCAUCACAUGUGGCUGCAAUAUUGUCGAUGUACAAUUUUAACUGUACCAUUGGAAUCUCGCCGUCUCUAUAUAGCAGCAAAAUUUGUCGAUGUGACGUCCACUUUUAACUUGCCAUCACAUGUGGCAGCAAUAUUGUCGAUGUGACGUCAACUUUUAUCUUGCCAAUCAGAUGGGGCAGCAAUAUUGUCGAUGUGAUGUCCACUUUUAACUUGCAAAUCAGAAGGGGCAGCAAUAUUAUCGAUGUGACAUCCACUUUUAACUUGCCCAUCACAUGUGGCUGGAAUAUUGUCGAUGUGACGCACACUUUUAGCUUGCCAAUCAGAUUUGGCAGCAAUAUUGUUAAUGUGACAUCGACUUUUAACUUUCCAAUCAGAUGGGGAAGCAAUAUUGUCGAUGUGACGUCCACUUUUAACUUUCCAAUCAGAUGGGCAGCAAUAUUGUCGAUGUGACAUCCACUUUUAAUUUGCCAAUCAGAUGUGGCAGCAAAAUUGUCGAUGUGACGCACACUUUUAAUUUGCCAUAAUAUGUGGCAGCUAUAUUGUCGAUGUGACGUCCACUUUUAAUUUGCCAAUCAGAUAUGGCAGCAAUAUUGUCGAUGUGACGCACACUUUUAGCUUGCCAAUCAGAUUUGGCAACAAUAUUAUCAAAGUCACGUACAAAUUUAACUCGCACUCUUAAUAUCUUCGUUUACAAAUGUAACGAAUCUCCUCAAUGGUCAUUGUUUCAUCCCAGUAAUCGUCAAUCACGAAGCGACCACAGCACUUCGACUAUUAAUGGCCGAUGUUAAAGUAGACAAGUGUGGACAGGUUAAGUGCUGAUUUCUUUUUGUUUUGUGAAGCAGGAUCACGUGAAUCCAUCAUGUUAAACGCUCUAAGGAUUCCUGACAAUUGUAACAAUAAAUUAUUUCUUUCAUGA